AUGGAUUACGAUAAAAAGUUGCGCCUCCUAAUUGUUAUGUAUUUGUAUCUUCGCUUUUUUUGGAGAAGAGGUUUGAAAAGAAUGCGAGAUAAUACCUCAAAAACUUCUGGGCAUCAAUUCACAUUAGAGUUAUUACAAGGAACUAAUAAUCAAUGCAUUGAACUCUUACGUAUGUCACGUGAUUCUUAUGUUCGGCUUUGCACACAUUUUAGAGUAAAAAGUUGGUUAAAGGAUAGUAAACAUAUAUCGGUUGAAGAGAAAAUGGCGAUGUUUUUGAUGAUGAUUGGUCACAAUCAACGUUAUGUAAUCAUCAAACGUAGAUUUCAACACUCAAAACAAACGAUUCAUAAGUAUUUUUAUGAAGUAUUGGAUAAAAUGAUGGUGUUUGCAAAAGAUAUAAUAGUACCAACUUCCUUUAAUCCAAAUCCAAACAUCCCGGGACAUAAUAGGAGGUUACGAAGGAUUUUCAGAGGAGCGGUUGGUGCGCUUGAUGGAACUUUGGUACAUGCUAUUGUCCCUCUCGACAAACAACAUUUGUAUAGAGGAAGGGGAAAAGGCGACUGCUAUCAAAAUGUAUUGGCAAUAUGCGACUUCAAUAUGAUUUUUACAUUUGUCGUGGCUGGAUGGGAAGGGAUAGCACAUGAUUCAAGAAUAUUAUCUGAAGCUUUAACAGAUCGAGAUGCACCAUUUCCAUUUCCACUACCAGAUAAGUAUUACCUCUGUGAUGCCGCGUAUACACACACUCGAGGAUUUAUGGCUCCUUAUCGUAAUGUGCGGUAUUGGCUUGGAGAUUUUCAUCGAAGACGUGCAUUAACCAACAAAGAAAAAUUUAAUCAAUCACAUGCAAAACUUCGAAAUGUCGUUGAACGUGCUUUUGGUCUCUUGAAAGCACGUUUCCCUAUAUUGAAGAGAAUGGCUCCAUUUCCAUUGGUUACACAAAGAAACAUCGUCAUUGCAUGUUUUGCGCUUCAUAAUUAUAUAAUAAAAGAGGGAUUAAGUGAUGAGUAUUUUUCUCAAUAUAAUCAAGUCGAUAUAUCACUUCAAAGCAACAAUGUACAAAAUGAUGAUGAGGAGGAGGAGGAUGACGUGGAUGAGGUACAACCACAUGGAAGUGCAAGAGACCGGGAAUAUAUGGUUCAUCUACGAGAUCAAAUUGCUGACCAGUUAAUGCGUGUAGAAUGA